AUGCCUCACCCCAGGCAUCCUCAUGCGCCUCUCCGGCGGGAGGAACAGAUGCGAGGGCCGCGUGGAGCUGGACAAUGGCAGCCGGUGGGGGAACGGGGGGCGAAAAACCUGACGGAUGCCCAGGUGGUGUGCCGGCAGCUGGGCUGCGGCCAGGCCAUGGCCAGCCCGGGCAGUGCACACUUCGGAUCCGGCUCCGGAGGCAUCUUCCUGGACAACGUGCAGUGUCGCGGGGACGAAUCCUCCCUCCAUCUGUGCAGGCACAAUGGCUGGGGCAAGCACAACUGCAGGCACGUGGAGGAUGCCGGCGUCAUCUGUGCAGGCAUCCUCAUGCGCCUCUCCGGCGGGAGGAACAGAUGCGAGGGCCGCGUGGAGCUGUACAAUGGCAGCAGCUGGGGCACGGUGUGUGACGACCUGUGGAACCUGACAGAUGCCCAGGCGGGGUGCCGGCAGAGUCCCUUCUACCCUGGAAGAUACCCAAACAAUGCUGACUGCGUGUGGGAAAUACAAGUAGAGAACAAUUUCCGUGUUAUGCUCACAUUCAGAGAUAUCGUGAUGCAAAGCGGCAGAUGCCAGUAUGACUACAUUGAAGUCUAUGAUGGGCCUCCACACUCUUCCCUGCUCCUUGGGAGACUUUGUUCUGGUUCCUUUCCCACGUACAUAUCCUCUUCAAACAUGAUGACCGUUCGGUUUCACAGCGAUUCUAGAAUCACCUUCCGAGGGUUUCAGGCUUACUACUCCUCUGUUCCAGCAGAUCACAACACUACCCUUCAGUGCUUGCCAGACUACAUGCAUGCAGUGGUUAGCAGAGACUAUCUCCAGUCUCAAGGCUACUCGGCGCAGAUGGUCACCCUGGACGACAGUCGCUGCAUACCAACAGUCACCUCGCACGAGGUGAUUUUCAACAUUCCCUACAACGGCUGUGGGACGAUACGACAGGAGAACAAUGACACAAUCAACUAUUCUAAUGUGAUCAAAGUUAUAUCUUCUGGGUACAUAAUCAAGAGGAAAAAGAAUAUUCACCUACAUAUCAGUUGCAAAAUGCUGCAGAAGACAUGGAUGCAAACCAUGUAUGUUGCUGAGGAUACCGUAGAUGUGAACAAGCAUCAGUUUGGAAGCUACGACGUGAACAUCACUUUCUAUGACUCCUCAUCAUUCUUGCGGCAAGUGCACGACUCUCCAUACUACAUUGACUUGAACCAGAAUUUGUACCUUCAAGCUUAUCUUCACAGCUCUGACCCAAAUCUGAUCGUGUUUGUGGACACGUGUGUGGCAUCACCUGAUCCUCAUGAUUUUAACACUCUGGCCUAUGAUAUCAUCAAGAACGGAUGUGUUCGAGACCCUUCCUAUGCCACAUACUACACCCCCUACAGCCACUUUGCUCGGUUCAGGUUCAAUGCCUUUGAGUUCAUCAGCCGCCACGCGUUAGUCUACCUGCGGUGUGAGCUGGUGGUGUGCAGGCGCGGUGACUAUUCCUCCCGCUGCUACCGGGGCUGUAUUCGUAGAUCUAAGAGAGACACAAGUUCUGCCGAGGAAACAGUGAAUGUGACCGUUGGAGCACUUCAGCUUAGAGGAGGGGAUGCUCAGAGUGGGAAUACUAGUUAA